AUGGCCCGGUUCGGAGACGUCGAAGCUGCACUGAGGCUUCUUGACGAGGUGAUUUCCUCUGACCCGAAAUUUUCGGAUGCGAUAGAAGCGCGAGCUGAAUUGCUCGAUAUUCACGGUGACAGAGAACAGGCAGACGCAGGAUACGCGGAAUCUCGGCGUCUUAAAUCCGCUGUGCGUAGGGGGGCGCCUGACCGUCCCUUCGCGUUGAGGCAGCGUGGCGAUUUUAUGGUCGAGGUUCUUUCCUACGACAUUGUGCUGCGGUCCAUGACGAAGAACGCUCUUCCUUAUUUGACCCGCGGCAAUGCCUACCUGGCUAGUGGAUAUCCGGCAAAAGCGCUCGCUGACUACGACAGUGCUCUCAGCGUUAAGCCUGGCCUUUUGGAUGCUACGUUGCUUAGGGCAGAGGCUCUUCUGCAAUUAGGGCGCGUUGACGAUGCGCUUGCUGCUGUUGAAGUCGUCGUAGCGGCCCGCCCAUCUAGCCCCGAAGCCUUUAGUACCCGUGCGCUCAUUGAGCUAACUCGAGGCCAGCUUGAAAAAGCAAACGCCGAUUGGCAAAGGCAACUCAAGAUUCUCAAUGGUAGGCCUGCGCCUAGUGGUUAUGUAGCGCUUCGUCUCGCCGACUAUGAGGCCGCGAUUCCGCACCUGGAGGCUGCGAGCCAGGCCGAUCCUCGUGACCCGUACUGGAAGCUGUAUCUGAACACGGCGAGGAUCAGAACCGGCCGACCCGCUGUGACUACCGCCGUUACACAGGAAGGAUGGCCCGAGACGCUGCUGGCCCUGCAGGCCGGCACUCUCUCGGAAGAUGCCGCACUGGCCAAGGCCGAUACGACCGCGCGCCGCGCGGAGGCCCUGUUCCAGAUAGCCGUCCUCAAGUUAUCAGUCGGCUUUUCCGGCAGGCAGCUUCACUUGAGUCCGAAACACGGCCGCCAGACCGUCGGACGCCGCGUCGCUUCGUUGGCGUGA